AUGGAUUUCGAGGAAGCUGAGGACAUCAACGGCGUCCGUUUUGCCUGGAACUCCUUCCCUUCCACAAAGGCCGAGGCCGCCAAAAUAGUCGUUCCCACCGGUGUGUUUUAUACGCCGCUUAAAUAUCGUGGCGAGGACUUGCCUGUGGCAGGCUACGACCCAUGCUAUUGUCAGAACCCACAAUGUCGAAGCAUCCUCAACCCUUACUGCUCCAUUGACCCUACGGGCUUCUGGAUAUGUCCAUUGUGUGGCAACCGAAGCCAAUUGCCUCCACAUUACCAAGGUUUGACUCAAGACAACUUGCCUCUGGAGUUGAGACCAGAUGCCUCCACCAUUGAAUACAUCACAGCCAAGCCCGUGCAACAGCCACCCAUCUUCUGUUUUGUGGUAGAUUUGUGUCAAGAUGAAGACAACUUGAACGCCAUGAAGGAAACCUUGAUCAUCUCUUUGUCUUACUUGCCCUCCAAUGCAUUGGUUGGGUUGAUCACUUAUGGAACCAUGGUUCAGGUGUACGACUUGGGCACCGACGGUGUCAACAGAUCGCACAUUUUCAGAGGCGACAAGGAAUACCUGGACAAGCAAGUUGCUGACAUGUUAAAUAAGCCUGUGGUUGCACAACCUGCCCAGAUGGGCAUGGCCAACUCGUUGCAACGUUUCUUCUUGCCACUCGAGAUAGUGGAGGACCAAUUGACCACUACUUUAGAGAACUUGAGUGCCGACCCUUGGCCUGUGGCCCACGGCGACAGAUCUUUGCGUUGUACUGGUUCUGCUAUCAACGUCGCUACCAGUUUGCUUGGAAACACCUACUCGGGUUUCGGUGCUAGAAUCUUCUUGUUCUCCGCUGGUUUGUGUACUUUAAACCCAGGUAUGAUUGUGGGAAACAAGUUGAGAGAGCCUAUCAGAUCUCACUCUGAUAUUGAUAAAGACAAUGCCAAGCACUACAAGAAGGCUGUCAAGUUUUAUGAUGCCAUUGCGGCAAGGGCUGUUAAAAACUCGCACGCAAUCGACUUGUUCGGUGGUUGUUUGGACCAAGUGGGUUUCUUGGAAAUGAAGCAGUUGUGUAGCAAGACUGGUGGUGUGUUGUUGUUGACCGAUGCCUUCACCACUUCCAUUUUCAAGCAGUCGUUCUUGAAGUUGUUCGUCAAGGACUUUAACGACUAUCUUCAAAUGGGUUUCAACGCCACCCUCGAUAUCAAGACCUCCAGAGAGUUGAAGGUCAGUGGUUUGAUCGGUCACGCAUCUUCCUUGAAUUCAAAGGGCUUCAAUGUCUCUGAAAAUGAAGUUGGUAUUGGAGGUUCCAAUCAGUUCAAGAUGUGUGCACUUUCUCCACAGCAUACAUAUGCCAUCUUCUUCGAUGUUGCUAAUGUCGCUCCAUUGCCUCCUAACGCCCAAUCGUACAUCCAAUUCGUUACACAUUACCAGCACUCUUCUGGUACUUAUAGAAUGAGAGUUACUACCGUGUCUAAUAUCUUGACUGGAGAUGAACAAAUCUUGGCCCAGUCGUUCGAUCAAGAGGCUGCGGCAGUCUUGAUGGCCAGAGUCACCCUUUUCAAGUCAGAACAAGAUGAUGGAGCUGACGUUUUGAGAUGGAUUGACCGUAUGUUGAUCAAGUUGUGUCAGAAAUUUGCUGACUAUAGAAAAGACGUCGAAGAGUCUUUUAGAUUGCAUCCACAGUUUGCUUUGUUUCCUCAGUUCAUUUACUAUUUGAGAAGAUCUCAGUUCUUGCAAGUUUUCAACAAUUCUCCUGACGAGACCGCCUUCUACAGACACAUCUUGAUGACCGAGGAUACAAACAACUCCUUGAUCAUGAUUCAGCCUACAUUGACCUCCUUUGGCUUGGACCUAGAAGAGCCAGAGGCUGUGUUGUUAGAUUCUGUGUCCAUUAAGGAUGACCGCAUUUUGCUCUUGGAUACCUUCUUCCACAUCUUGAUCUUCCAUGGUAGAACUAUUGCACAGUGGCGUAAAGCCGGAUACCAGGAUCAGGAAGAGUACGAGGACUUCAGAAGAUUAUUGGAGGAGCCCAAGCUCGAGGCUGGAGAAUUGUUAGUUGAUCGUUUCCCAUUGCCAAGAUUCAUCGACACUGAAGAAGGAGGUUCGCAAGCAAGAUUCUUGUACUCCAAGUUGAACCCAAGUACCUCUUAUAAUUCGCAAGACGUUUCUAGAGGCGCUGUGGUGUUGACUGAUGAUGUAUCGUUGCAAGUGUUCAUGUCUCACUUGCAAAAGUUGGUUGUGUCAGGAUCAAACUAA